GUUCCUCCCUGUACUGUAGGGGGCGCUACCAGAUAGCCAGACAGUGCAUACACUUCAGUAAUUCAGGUGUUUUACCAGUAAAAUGCCCAUUCUGAUUGGUCAGAUCCUCCAGUUGUGACAUAUCUCACAGAUCCGGACUGUCCGUAGCAUUGUAUGUUGAGUCUGGCUUCAAGUUCCAAUGGUCCAGAAAAAAAAAAAACAUUGUAUGUUGAAACUAUUGCAUGUUGAGGCCAUUGUAAAUUGAGGGAUCACUGUAGUUACUUCCAAUCUCUCAUGUAUGUGAUCAUUUCAAUCCCUGCUGUAAUGGCCAGUAGACACUCUUUGCUUUUAUACUUUCUUUGUAUAAUCUGCAGUCUGAUGAGGAAUGAUGUCAUCUACUGAACCUCAGGAGUUCAAUUGCUGGGAGCUAGAAAGAGCUCUGUUGCAGAAUAUCGUGCAGAACAGGUCCAAAACCUUUCUAUUGAUGUGUUAUGGAUUGAAGAUGUAAAAGCAUACUGAAGAGGUGGACUUAGUAUGAGCAGAGGUAUAGCAUAUGAUGGGAUCAGGAGCAUUGCAUACAGAGCUGUGCUAUGACAGAGGAGACAGGGAGUGCAGUGCUGUGGAGGAGAUGCCUGCACUCCACUCUCUACUCCCCAGAAGCUCCUAUAGACACAGCCCCUCUCUGCCUGUCUCUUGCUCCCUCUGUGCCUCUUUCUGACGCAGAUAACUGGAAAUCACCCUGUACCAGAGCUCAGCUCUCUGUAAUCGUAGUCAUCCUGACAGAGGGAGGGAUUUUUUAGUUGGAGAUCGUGCAUGCAAAUGUUCCCUGGCUCUGCCUGUGACUGCUCUGCCACUCUCUCUAGUAACCAUCCUGGUGGACAUCUACUUUUCCAGCAGCUGACACUUUCCAGGACCUCAGUGUGGUGGUGACCUGUAGGCACUGGUAGCCCAGGGGGUGCUAAGGAAUUCCAAGCACCAAGGAGGCAUCUGUUUACCAUUGGAAAAGGUGGAUCUUCUUCAGCAUUAGGGACCAUCCUCGUUAGUGUGAAGACUGUGAUUCAUACCAACAAAGGGGUCUUGGGGAACCGGCUCAGGAUUUUUUAUUCACCACGGAUACAAAUACCUUGGCGGGGAGCUGGGAGUCGUCAAGGAGGGUUGACCGCGGACGCAAAAGGGAACUUCGCUGUUGAGUGAAUAGGGCGUCCGCGCGGGGAUCAGGACCUGUUGUGCGCAAAGUAAGUUGGAGAAAGUAGGAAGCGGCUGAUCCUGAUCUGGAGGGGGGGUUGAAAGCACCGGGAAGACGACGAAGGGAGAAGAGAAGGCAGCAGGAGCCCCUGCCGGGAAUAUGGGCACAUUGCGGGACUUGCAGUACGCUCUGCAGGAGAAGAUUGAGGAGCUCAGGCAGAGGGAUGCUCUCAUAGACGAGCUGGAGCUGGAGUUAGAUCAGAAGGACGAGCUCAUCCAGAGAUUGCAGAAUGAGCUGGAUAAGUAUCGUUCUGUGAUCAAACCUGCAACCCAACAGGCUCAGAAACAAACUACCAACACCUUAGGGGAGCAGAGGACCAAGAGGCAGGCUAUCUCAGCUGAGCCCACUGCUUUUGACAUCCAGGAUCUCAGCCAUGUCACUCUUCCUUUCUACCCCAAGAGCCCACAGUCCAAGGAAUUAAUUAAAGAAGCGAUCCUCGACAAUGACUUCAUGAAGAACCUUGAGAUUUCCCAGAUCCAAGAGAUAGUGGAUUGUAUGUAUCCUGUUGAAUAUGGCAAAGACAGCUGUAUCAUCAAGGAAGGGGACGUGGGGUCACUGGUCUAUGUCAUGGAAGAUGGCAAGGUAGAAGUAACAAAAGAAAGCGUCAAGCUAUGCACCAUGGGACCAGGAAAAGUAUUUGGAGAGCUUGCUAUACUCUACAACUGCACCCGUACAGCAACAGUAAAAACACUUACAAAUGUGAAGCUAUGGGCAAUCGAUCGACAAUGUUUUCAGACUAUAAUGAUGAGGACGGGUUUAAUCAAGCACACCGAAUAUAUGGAGUUUUUAAAAAGUGUACCAACAUUCCAGAGCCUUCCUGAAGAAAUACUUAGUAAACUUGCCGAUGUACUUGAAGAGACUCACUAUGAAUGUGGAGACUACAUUAUCAGACAGGGUGCUCGAGGGGACACUUUCUUCAUCAUCAGCAAAGGGAUGGUGAAUGUAACAAGAGAAGAUACACCGGGUGAAGAUCCUAUAUUUCUCCGCACUUUAGGAAAAGGUGACUGGUUUGGAGAAAAAGCUCUUCAAGGGGAGGAUGUCCGAACAGCAAAUGUUAUCGCUGCUGAGGCUGUGAUGUGUCUUGUCAUUGACAGAGACUCUUUCAAGCAUUUGAUUGGAGGUUUGGAUGAUGUGUCUAACAAGGCUUAUGAAGAUGCCGAGGCUAAGGCAAAAUAUGAAGCAGAGGCAGCUUUCUUUGGUAAUCUCAAGCUAACGGACUUUAAUAUCAUUGAUACCCUGGGUGUUGGAGGAUUUGGAAGGGUCGAACUGGUACAGCUGAAGAGCGAAGAAUCCAAAACGUUUGCAAUGAAGAUCCUUAAGAAGCGACACAUAGUGGACACAAGGCAACAGGAGCACAUUCGAUCAGAGAAACAGAUAAUGCAAAGUGCUCAUUCUGACUUCAUUGUAAGAUUAUACAGAACAUUUAAGGACAGCAAGUAUUUGUAUAUGUUGAUGGAAGCCUGCCUAGGUGGAGAGCUUUGGACUAUUCUCAGGGACAGCAAAACAACACCUGGAAUAUCUCCUAAUGUGUAUAAAGGUUCAUUUGAAGAUUCUACGACAAGGUUUUAUACGGCUUGUGUAGUUGAGGCCUUUGCUUAUCUGCAUUCCAAAGGGAUUAUUUAUAGGGAUCUCAAGCCAGAGAACCUUAUUCUGGACCAUCGAGGUUAUGCAAAGCUGGUUGACUUUGGCUUUGCAAAGAAAAUAGGCUUUGGUAAGAAAACAUGGACCUUUUGUGGCACCCCUGAAUAUGUAGCUCCAGAGAUCAUCUUGAACAAAGGUCAUGACAUUUCAGCAGACUACUGGUCACUGGGAAUCUUAAUGUAUGAACUCUUGACUGGCAGCCCCCCAUUCUCAGGUCCAGACCCUAUGAAGACUUAUAACAUCAUUCUGAGAGGAAUCGACAUGAUUGAAUUUCCAAAGAAGAUUACCAAAAAUGCUGCUAAUCUAAUAAAAAAACUAUGCAGGGACAAUCCGUCAGAAAGGUUAGGAAACUUGAAAAAUGGUGUAAAAGAUAUACAAAAGCACAAAUGGUUUGAAGGCUUUAAUUGGGAAGGUUUAAGAAAAGGUACCCUCACUCCUCCUAUAAUCCCAAGUGUCUCAUCCCCAACAGAUACAAGCAAUUUUGACAGUUUUCCAGAAGACAAUGAUGAUCCUCCACCUGAUGACAACUCAGGAUGGGACAUAGACUUUUAAUGCAUUUUUCUUACCUGCUUCUGCCUUGCUGAAGACAGCUUUCCUGAAAUAUGGCUGCCAAGAGAACAAAAGAAAGAACUGGGGAAGAUUAAUGCUCGGGGUCACCAUGAUGCCUUGAUUGAUGCUGCUAUAGUAACUACAGUGGCAUUAGGACUUCUUGCUUAGUUCAUAAUAACCCUCUUUAACAUAUUAUUUUUUUGUUUUGACUUUUAAUAUAGCAGUUGACAUGGUGGUCCUGAAGCAAAGCCUCAUUUAAAGAUAUAUGCUUUCAAAUAUUGCAGAGUUCACAAUUUACCUUUCAGACAAUAUAGUGUAAAAUGUAUUAAAACUGUACAUAUUUUAUAGUUAAUUCUAUCCACAGGAAGGAAUAAUUUAUUUCGGUACAGUUGUCCACGUCAGGCAGUGAUGCCUGAGUCUUUACAGGAGCGAUGUGCAGUAUGGGCCCUGUUUUUGCUGUUACACUACGCUCUCACCAUGAUCUGGCUGGCUGGGAUUGAUGGGAUUGGUAGGUUGGCAGCAAUUCUGGGGUCGAAUGUGCAGGUUUCUCUUCUAAAGUGCAUAACUAAUGGAUUACUGCAGGUCAGAGUAGAUGAGUGUGGAAAAUAUUUAUUAAUGUUUUACUCCAGCUGUGUCCUGCUGAAAAAAAGAUGCUCUCCUUCCUUUAAUGUGAUAGAAUGUUCCCAUGAAAAUAAGCGGUACCCAGUGCAAAGGCUGAACUAAUAAUAUAAGAGUAUGAAGCUUAUUAGUGAAGUAGGCCCUGGUUGCCCUGUAGUAUUUAACGUUAGGGGUUGGGGUACCUUGCGGCUUCACUUCAUACAUAAGUUUGUCCCAGCAUAACUAGAAGGGGAUCAUGUAAUGAUCAUUGAUAGUAUAGCAAGACCAUGAUGGGAGGAUACCCAGAAGUACAGCAUUGCAUCUGAGUAUUUAUAUCCCCCUGUAACUUAGCGAGAGCUCCUGACAUCUUUAAGGCAUCAUCAGUUUCUAGUUUAUAAUAGGCUCUAUUCCUAUCAAUAUUGGUUCAGCUAUACAAAGUGUAUGUAAGAAGUAGAUAUAAUAAUCUGGAUGGUACAAUGUUUCCCCAGUUAAGUGCUGAAUUGGACGUUUAUUUUUCAUACCCAUUGUGAGGACCACAAUCAUUUGGUCAUUUUAUGUUCAUGUCAAUCCAAUUCUUGAAGCUGUGUUUUUUUUUUUCUUUGCUUUGUUUUUUUUGUUUUUUUUUUACUUGUGUUCAUGACCAGACUGAAUGUUGACCUCUCUUUUGUUAGAUUUUUAACAAUUCUAUUAAUAAAAAGCACAACUGUUGCAUAUGCUGUUGAAAAUAAUCAUGAAAGGUAUCGUAUUCAUUCAUCCAUUCUCAUUUACUACAUUGAAUGUAUUUAUUAUAGAAGUUCUGGGUUCUCUUUUGGAAAUGGACUAUGAUGAAUGAUGUUAGGAAGGUUUACACAUUCCUGGGAUACAAUAAAGUUUAACUGUUAUUUCAGGUGACUUUUUAGGAUAAGCAGCCCUGUGUGGGUAGAAGAGGAGUAGCACUUUUUCCGGCCAUUAAAAGAGUACUCUAGUGCAGAGUAUUCCUGCUCCGUCCUGC